GGGUGUCCCUGCAGUGGUUGAUUUUGCUGCUAUGCGUGAUGCUGUGAAGGCCCUGGAAGGAAACCCUGAGAAAAUCAACCCUGUGUGUCCUGCUGAUUUAGUCAUUGAUCAUUCCAUCCAGGUUGACUUUAAUAAAAGGCCAGACAGUUUACAGAAGAAUCAAGAUUUGGAAUUUGAGAGAAACAAGGAAAGAUUUGAGUUCUUGAAGUGGGGCUCUCAAGCCUUCCAGAACAUGAGAAUUAUUCCUCCAGGUUCAGGAAUUGUCCAUCAGGUGAAUUUAGAAUAUCUGGCAAGAGUUGUCUUUGAUCAGAAUGGAUUCUAUUAUCCAGACAGUGUGGUGGGUACCGAUUCGCAUACCACAAUGAUUAAUGGCUUAGGUGUGCUUGGCUGGGGUGUGGGUGGUAUUGAAGCUGAAGCAGUGAUGCUGGGCCAACCAAUCAGUAUGGUUCUUCCUGAAGUGAUUGGCUACAAAUUAAGCGGUAUUCCUCAGUCAUUGGUCACAUCCACAGAUAUCGUGCUCACUGUUACCAAGCAUUUACGCCAAGUAGGGGUUGUGGGCAAAUUUGUUGAGUUCUUUGGACCUGGAGUUGCUCAGUUAUCCAUUGCUGAUCGUGCCACCAUUGCCAACAUGUGUCCAGAAUAUGGAGCAACGGCAGCCUUCUUCCCAGUUGAUGAAGUUAGCAUCAAAUACUUAGUUCAAACCGGCCGUGACCAAGAAAAGAUUAAUUAUAUAAGAAAGUACCUUCAGGCUACAGGAAUGUUUAGAGAUUUCAAUAACUCCUCUCAGAAUCCAGAUUUUACUCAGCAAGGAUUUAAAGGUUUUCAGAUUGCCCCCGAAUAUCACAACCACCAAGUCCAGUUUGUCUACAACGACAAGGAGUUUGAACUAACACAUGGGUCAGUUGUGAUUGCUGCCAUUACUAGCUGUACCAACACUAGCAAUCCUUCUGUGAUGCUUGGAGCUGGUUUGCUUGCAAAGAAAGCUGUAGAAGCCGGUUUGACAGUGAAACCAUACAUUAAAACUAGCUUGUCUCCAGGAAGUGGAGUAGUCACAUAUUAUUUAAGAGAGAGUGGAGUGAUGCCUUAUCUUGCUCAACUAGGGUUUGAUGUAGUUGGCUAUGGGUGCAUGACAUGCAUUGGUAAUAGUGGGCCUUUGCCGGAAUCUGUAGUUGAAGCCAUUACUCAGGGAGACUUAGUAGCUGUAGGGGUGCUGUCUGGAAACAGGAACUUUGAAGGCCGGGUCCAUCCAAACACACGUGCUAAUUUUCUGGCCUCCCCUCCACUGGUAAUCGCUUACGCUAUUGCAGGGACCGUAAGGAUUGACUUUGAAAAGGAUCCUCUAGGUGCCAAUGCAGAAGGCAAAAAGAUCUUUCUGAAGGAUAUUUGGCCUCUGAGAGAUGAGAUCCAAGCCAUUGAACGUCAAUAUGUAAUUCCAGGAAUGUUUAAAGAGGUCUACCAGAAAAUAGAGACAGUAAACAAAUCUUGGAAUGACUUAGAUGUCUCAUCAGACAAACUAUAUGCUUGGAAUCCAAAAUCCACAUAUAUUAAAUCUCCUCCAUUUUUUGAAAACCUGACCCUGGAGCUUCAUCCCCCUAAAUCCAUACUGGAUGCUUAUGUCCUGCUGAAUCUCGGUGAUUCUGUGACAACUGACCAUAUAUCUCCUGCAGGGAAUAUAGCAAGAAACAGUCCGGCUGCCCGUUACUUGACUGGCAGAGGUCUCACUCCUCGAGAUUUCAACUCAUAUGGCUCACGCCGGGGCAAUGAUGCUGUCAUGGCAAGAGGAACUUUUGCAAACAUACGUCUAUUGAACAAAUUCCUUAAGAAGCAGGCUCCGCAAACCAUCCACUUCCCAUCGGAUGAAACUCUGGACGUAUUUGAUGCUUCUGAGAGAUACCUACAAGCCAGCCACCCACUUAUCAUAUUGGCUGGUAAGGAAUAUGGCUCAGGAAGUUCCCGGGACUGGGCUGCCAAGGGGCCUUUCCUGCUGGGUAUCAAAGCAGUCCUUGCAGAGAGCUAUGAGAGGAUUCACCGCAGUAAUCUGGUGGGCAUGGGAGUCAUCCCUCUACAGUAUCUCCCUGGCCANACAACCUGA